UUUUAAGUAUAUCAACAUGUUACGUGUCAGUUUCUCAUAUCAUGAGUUUGUUGGAAAUCUUGCAUAUAUUUUCAAGUUUCAGUCUUCGGGGCUUUGUUUUGAAGUUGUUUUUCUGAGCAACGAUAACAACACAGAGAGAACUCGACGAUAAAUUCAAAGAUGGAGAAAACUGAGUGGUCUGAUUUACCUGAAGAACUCCUAGAUUUAAUUGCAAACCGUUAUUCCUCCAACAUCGACGUCCUCCGUAUCCGUAGCAUCUGUAAAUACUGGCGUUCUACGGUUACGAUGUCUAAAGAGCGUCUUCAGUUUCGCUUUAACCGCUACCUUCCUACCUCCAAUAAGAAGAUAAAGGCUCAUCUCUUUCCCACCACUUUCUUCCGUAUAACUCUCCCUUCUUCAUGUCCUAACAAUGGAUGGCUAAUAAGAACUAGCCAAGCCUCCAAAUAUCGUAAGAUUACUCUCUUGAGUCCUAUCUCUGGCGAGCUCAUCAUCCAUUCCCACCAAACCCUAGACCUUUUGAAGGUUGGCGUUUCAGAGAUUCGCCAAUCUUACAAGAUUAAUAUAUUUGAUGGAUUGAAGGACGAAAAGAUACCAUCAUAUAUAUUCUCUAAUUAUGACAUGAAGUAUGACAAGACACCAUCAGAUGUAUUCUAUAGAGUUGCUUUCCUAGACAAUAUGUUUUUUGCAAUCAACCGAGAUAAGAAAAUAUGGUGCUGUAAGACUAGAGACGGAAGUAGAAGUUGGACAAAAAUUAAUAACCAAGUCGAAGAUUUCUCGGACAUUAUACUUCACAUGGGACGUAUCUAUGCCGUGGACUUAAAAGGAGCAACUUGGUGGAUUAGUUUAUCACAGCUUAGUGCUGUUCAACAGACACCUUCAACUCCAUUGGACUACUAUAAUUAUGAUAGUUGCGAAGACACGAGGCUCGUGGAAUAUUGUGGAGAUCUAUGCAUUGUGCAUCAACUUAGCGUUACUAAACAUUAUAUCAGGAGGACCGUUGGUUUUAAGGUUUAUAAGAUGGACGAGGAUUUGGCAAAAUGGGUUGAGGUUAGUUCCUUGGGAGACAAGGCACUCAUUGUUGCUUGGGACAGUUGUUUUACGGUCGUAGCCUCUGAGUACCAUGGAUGUUUGAAGAAUGCUAUCUACUUCUUUUAUGAUUAUGGCGAAAAUCUUAAAGUGUUCAAGCUUGAUGAUGGUAGUAUCAUCGAGAUGACUGAUAUUUCUUCUCAGAGUUGUUUUCACAUGUUCUCACUUUCCUUUCUCUGAAACUGUUA